CCACCUCUUCUCGCCGCGACGCUUGCUUGCAACGCUCCCUUCCGUUUCGCUAGCUGCCGCCCGCUGCGAGCAACAGCAAACCAAACGGUCGACGACGGCACGGGACGGGCGGCGGCGUCACCUGAGGCUCGUGCGUUGGCUUGGGGAGCUGGAACCGCGAGGGAAGAGAGGGUCGGGGCGGGGAGGGGGUCGAUGGGGUACGAGCGGACCUUGAAGGCGGCCGCGGCCGCGGCCGCGGCGCUGCUGGCGGCGGCGGGGGUGCGGUUCCUGGGGCCCGCGGCGGCGGCGUUCGUGGCGGAGGAGCUGCCGCGCGCGCGGGCGGCCGCGGCGACGUGGCUCACGCCGCCGUACCUCUACCUCGUCAUCAACGCCAUCAUCAUCUCCAUCGCCGCGUCGUCGCGCUUCCAGCCGAGCGCCAGCGGCGGCGACCGCCCGUCGGCCUCUCCUUACGCUUCCGCCGCCGCCGCCUCCUCCGCCGGAGUAGCAGGAGUGUCGGAGGAGGAGACGGAGCAGGAUGGGAUCCAGCCGGCGGUCGCACUGCAGGUGCCUGCACCGGUCGUGGCGAUGCCCGUGCCGGCCGUGGAGGAGCCCGUGGUGGAAAUGAACACUGCGGCGGUGGUGCCAGCGCCGUCGCCGGUGGAGGAGGAUGAAGAAUUCUCGAUUUCAAGGUCGUCGUGGACGCCGCGUCGGCGGGGCGCGGAGGUGGAGGUGGAGGUGGAGGCGGAUGCAGAGAGCGAGGUGGCGCCGUUCGCUGACCUGACCAACUCCAGGGAGAAGCCGCUGGUGUCGGCGAGGUUCAGCCGGAAGGCGCCCAAGCCGAGCCCCGAAGGGAGCAGGGCUCUGCGGGUGGCGCGGCCGCGGAAGGAGGAGACGCUGGAGAGCACAUGGAAGGCCAUCACGGAGGGGCGAGGGCCGCCGCUGGCGCGGCACCUCAAGAAGUCGGACACCUGGGACACCCGCCCGGGGCGCCGCCCGUCCGGCGGCGUAGGCAGCGGGGAGAUCGAUCCCGCGGUCGCCGCGCCGGCGGGCGCGAUGCGGAAGGCCGAGACUUUCAACGACGGCGCCGCCGGGAGGAGCAAGGCGGCGCCCGCGGCGGCGCCGGUGCGGCGGGAGCCGUCGCUGGGGCAGGACGAGCUGAACCGGCGGGUGGAGGCGUUCAUCCACAAGUUCAACAUGGAGAUGCGGCUGCAGCGGCAGGAAUCGCUCAAGCACUACAACGACAUGCUCGGCAGGGGCAGCCAGUACUGAAUAGUCUGAAUGAAAACUAGCUGAAAAUAGUUUGCAGCUUGCAAAAGUGCUCCCCGUUUUCUGUUUCGUGUCCGUUCUCGAUUUUGGUUUUGGGGUGUUGAUCUCUGUAAGAUAUGGUUUUGUCAAAGUAAGAAGGUGAUAGUGAUAGUUUCUUUUUUGCACAAGAUAAA